CCAGGACCACCCGACCCUCUCCGUGAGUCCGAGCUUGAGCACUCCCCCUCUCUUUCACCUCUACUCAUCCCCUCCUUCCUUUUCCUCCGCAUCCUUUGCGAGCUCCGAUCUCAUCCCCAAAUCGCCCUCACUUCUCCCCGACCUUCUCGGCAACACGUGCUUUGAGGAUAUCCGCCGCCGCCGGCAUCGCCCUUGGCCUCCUCCUUCGGAGGGCGCGCUCCCCCGCGCCGCCGCCGGUGCAGCCGUGCUCGUGGAGGCGCGCCGUCACCUUUCGGUGCUCUCCACCGCCGACGACCUCCCUCCGCCGCCGCCACACGCCAACGGUGGGGUAGGCGCUCCUCUCGGCGCCAAGGGCCCCGCUUCCCGCUCCCCGCUCCCCGCUCCCCCCUCCCUCUCCAGGGCCUGGGCUGACAAGCCCGGGUUUCGCCGGUGGAAGGAUAAGGAAGCCGAGAUCCUCAGCGUCAUCGAGCCUAUCAUCGCCCUCGCCAAGGAUAUACUCCACUCCAACAGGUUCCUGAAGAAGUCCUGGAUCUAGGAAGCUGCUCCAAGCUUACAUCAGAAGACGCAUUGUUCAUUUACUGCAUGGCUGAUAUAUUUCUGGAGAAGAGCCAAAAAUCACGGUGUGGAGGAGGAUAUUGCCGAAGAGAGGCUUCAAUUUUGGAUCGAUUGCAGCACUCAAACAGCAACUUCCAAUGAUGCUUUUGAUGCUUGCAGUUCUGCGUUUGUUCUCUGUGACCAAAGAGUUUCUUCUCUUCUUUUCCCUUUAAAGUUACAAAAGGAAGUCAGAGAAUAAAUUAAAAAGGCUGGUAUGAGAGAUGAGCUAUGAGGGUAGUGUAAGGGUAGUGAUUGAUUUGAUUGCCUGGAGCAGAGAAGUCCUCUCCAAUGGAGACGUCUAUAUUGGAGACUUUGAUGGAUUGAUUCCUCACGGAGAAGGAAAAUAUAUGUGGUCUGAUGGGACAAUUUACAUUGGUAAGUGGGACAAAAGCCAAAUGACUGGCCACGGACAGGUUCGUUGGUCAUCAGGAGCUACAUAUGAAGGUGAUUUCAGCGGGGGCUUCCUUCAUGGGUCGGGCACUUUCUGUAGGAUUGAUGGUUCAAGUUAUAAAGGCUCUUGGAGGAUGAGUAUGCAACAUGGGAUGGGAAUAAAAACAUAUUCUAAUUCAGAUAUUUAUGAUGGCUUUUGGAAAGAAGGAUUGCAAGAAGGGGUUGGUAAGUAUACAUGGAUCAAUGGGAACACUUAUGUUGGAAGCUGGAAGGCUGGUAAAAUGAGUGGGAGAGGAAUUAUGAAGUGGGCAAAUGGUGAUUUGUUUGAGGGGUCUUGGUUAGAUGGAUUAAUACAUGGCGCAGGUUGUUUGAAGUAUGCUGAUGGGUCAUAUUACUUUGGGACAUGGAGUAAGGGGCUAAAGGAUGGCCAAGGAACUUUCUCUCCUGUUGGGACCAAACUUCCUCAGUACCACAAGUUCUCUGAAUAUUCUGCAUAUGAUAAUAGCUCUCAGAGUCCUCUUCUUGCGUCAUUAAUGAAUUCUGGAGAGAUUAAGCAGAAUACAUUGAUUUCAGAAAGAAACAUCUUGGGUAGGUGGAAUAUAGGGAGGUUUCUUCGAGGGCGUGGGCGGAUAUCAAAUACAACUGUCUCAGUUGAGGGGGUUUCAGACCUUGACGAUAAUUCUCGAAGUACUUUGUCACAGGAGAGUAACUACACGUCCAGUUCAUGUGAUGGUUCAAAUGAAUUUCAAGAUGACCAAUUUUUUGUCUAUGAAAGAGAAUAUGUUCAAGGUGUCUUGAUAAAGGAAAGAAGAAGGCACUAUGAUUCAAAGGCAUCAACGAGAAGUAUGUGGCAACAUAAACUCCGAAAGAAACGAGUAAGAAGCCCAGGUGAAACAAUUUACAAAGGUCACAAGAGCUACUAUCUCAUGCUAAACUUGCAACUAGGAAUCAGGUAUACAGUUGGAAAAAUUACACCUGUCCCUGUGCGCGAGGUUCGUUCUUCUGAUUUUGGUCCUCGAGCAAGAAUAAGAAUGUAUUUCCCUAAGGAUGGUUCGCAAUAUACACCUUCACAUAACUCUAUCAGUUUCUUUUGGAAGGACUACUGCCCUAUGGUCUUUAGGAACCUUCGGGAAAUGUUUAAGAUUGAUGCUGCAGAUUACAUGAUGUCCAUAUGUGGGGGUGAUGGUUUAAAGGAGCUUUCUUCUCCAGGGAAAAGUGGGAGCAUAUUCUAUCUUUCACAGGAUGAAAGAUUUGUCAUUAAGACAUUGAGAAAAUAUGAACUCAAGAUUCUUUUGAAAAUGCUUCCUCGGUAUUACAAUCAUGUAGGAGCUCAUGACAACACCCUUAUAACAAAGUUCUUUGGUCUGCAUAGGAUAACAAUAAGACGUGGACAGAAGGUCCGUUUUGUGGUGAUGGGAAAUAUGUUCUGCACUGAGUUGCGCAUUCACCACAGGUAUGACUUGAAGGGAUCUCUUCAAGGAAGGUCAACAAACAAGGAGAACAUUUGUGAAAGUACCACUCUGAAGGAUCUUGAUCUGUCAUAUGCUUUGUAUUUGAAGAAGUCAUGGCGAGAAUCACUUUUUAGGCAAAUCUCUCUUGACUGCAUGUUUCUGGAAUCACAAUGUAUAAUUGAUUAUAGCAUGCUUUUGGGACUGCAUUUUAGACCUCCUGAACAAUUGAAGGCUCAGCUGGAAAAUCAAAGAACUGUUCAAAAUGAUGAAAGUUUGUCAGCCAAAGAAUAUUCUAGUGAACUACGAGAUGAGGUCAUGUUUCCUCCAAAGGGUUUUCGCCUGGUUGCUCAUGAACCAGGUUCAAUGAGUACCAUGCCGGGUUCGCACAUUAGAGGUAGCAUGCUAAGAGCAUCGGAAGCUGGUGGUGAGGAAGUGGAUCUUGUUUUACCUGGCACCAGAAGGCUGCAAGUGCAACUUGGAGUGAACAUGCCAGCUCAAGCUGAUCGGAAAAUUCUUCAUGAUGAAGUACAUUUGGAUUCAGAAGAAGAGACGGACCCAUUCGAGGUCUAUGAUGUCGUUCUCUAUCUGGGUAUCAUAGACAUCCUUCAGGAGUACAACAUGACUAAGAAGAUCGAGCAUGCCUGCAAAUCGCUCAAAUUUGAUCCCCUAACGAUAUCUGCUGUUGAUCCACAUUUGUACUCGACUCGUUUUAUUAAAUUCUUGGAGAAAGUUUUUCCUGAACAACCCUGAGGUCUUAAGAGAGCUAAAUGCAUUAGUUGAAAAAAUGUCGGUUGAGCAACAUUCAUUACUUUUAGUGCUCUAAAAGGCAUGAAAAAAGGGUUCUGGCAUGUUGGUUUGUUUUUUCCCCCCUCCCCUAGACUAUAUGGACUUCAGGUUUUUUUUUUUUUUUUUUUUUUUUUUUUUAAUGUUGGUUGGUUUAUUUUCGCACCAAUUUGAUGGCAUGGGUGUUAUCUGGUGAUGUAUUACUAGUUGUAUAUGUUGUGUUGUCAUUGAUGAUACUAUAGUAUGUAUGCCCUCGUUAACAAGCCAAAAAAUAAUUUAGAUAAUUA